UGUCAGGUAUCAAACGGCCCGCCUCACCUGAGGCCUUGGGGCUUCCAGGAAGGAAGCGAGGGAAGGAGGCACUGUCUCCGCCGACUGAUGCGGUCGAGCUUCAAACACACCUUCAAAACUUCUGAGAGAUGGGCAGCUGACAGAGGACGGAUCAGAGCAGAGGGGAGGGUAUAAAAACAAACGCACCUGAAGGCAGCAGACAGAGAGGUUCAGAGCACAGACUGACAGGUGUGAAUUAUCUAUAAACUCGGCAGAAACUGUUUAAAAGAGUUUGUUUUGAAAUACUCUGGAAGGAUUUUUUCAAAUUCUUCUGAUAACAGGAUCCAUUAUUCGACCACAGGACAGAAGAUCUCCUUAAAACAAUAAAGAAUCUGUCCAAAAAAAUACAGGAUCAUAAUAUUAAGUCGACAGAAUCAAAGCUGUUUCUGCUGUUAAAAAGUUUUCUGCAAGAGAUAAAAAGAGGAUCCAGUGAUUGAUUUUUAUAGGAGUGAUUCAUUGAUCGAUUGAGGAUGUGGAUGUGGCGCAGCUUCCUGUGUGUGUCUCUGGUCUGUGGUCUGGCUCUGGACUCCAACACCAUCAGAUCCUCCAAGGAGUCAACGCAGCAGAGCGCCGAGCUGCUGGAUGGUUCCAAUGGUGACCAGGUGGACCGUCCAGUGCGGCGUCGAACAGACACAACGUCCAACUCCAAUCGAGGAUCACCAGCUUCAUGUUCAACACCUGACUGUGAUGUACCUCAGAUUGGGCAGUGCAGUAACAGAGCUCAGAGGAGAGCAUCCUCCCAGGACAGACAGGUGAACAGACACACAGACACGGAGACGGACAUACAGAGCAACGAUGACGGCUUUAACAGGACAAAAGCUCCAGAGAUGUCGAGCUGUGUGCGGUCGGGGGACUGUGCGGACGGUCUGUGCUGCGUCCGGUAUCUGACCGGUAAACGUUGUCAGAGGAUCCCCGUGGAGGGCGAGGCCUGUCUGCUACGAGGGUCCACCAAACGGAGAAGCAAGCUGGGGCGCUGCGAUUGCGACGUGGGGCUGUCCUGCACCGCCGUUAACCGGGCAGAGUCAGGGAAAGCCAAGGGUCAGGGGGUGUGUCUCCCCAGCCAGAGCCGGAGGAACAAUUCUGGGAAGAAGAGGAGGACGGCAGAGACGAGCUGCUGACAGAUUCACUAUAAACUCUGUAGCAUCGGAACAUAUUUAAUUUAACUCGGUUCAGUUUGUAGGAGAAUAUUGUUGAUGUGUAAAACUAUAGUGACAUGAGUCGAGGUUCAGAUAUCACCUCUGGAGGCCAUGUUGGAUCUGACUUUGAGUAGUUGUAAUCAUGUGAUCAUCAUGACAUGUUGAAUUUAGUUAGAGAGCAGGAAGAGCUUGAUCCAUGACUUGACUUCUUUUAAGUCCAUGUAAAUUAACAUAAUUAAUAUUUCUUAAGUUAUUUACGUAACCUUAUUUAAAUUAAUCUGUCCCAGCUCAAUAUAACGCCACAAAGUCACACAGAACAAAAGCCACAUACAUCAUUUCACAAAUGUAACUAGUACAUAAUUCAGCCAAAGCUACAAUCCAUUUUUGUGGUGCCUAAACCAAGCCAAACGUUUUCAGAAUGUCUACCAUGUUUGUCAAAGCUGCUUUUAGGUAAAUUUGAUGUCUGGAUCUUAAGUUAUCAGAGAAACAAGCUGAGGUCGUUCAACAGCAGCUCAGCUCACAGCCCCUACUGAGUUGGAUCUUUUUCUCUCUAAAUCUUUUACCAUUUCUUUGAAUGUUUCUUUUACUUUAACCCUUUAUGAACUGCAAUGCAACUGACCCGAAAGUAGCCAUGGUUCAUUCUCAUUUGGAUUAGUUAUAAAAGCACACACUCAAGGCAUUGCUACCUAGCUGGCAGUCUGCUCUCCAUCUGAAAAGCACGCUUAUUUAUGGCAUCAUAUGCAAAGAAGCUAUGACCCAACCCCAUUCUGUCUGUCACAGAUUUUGAGGCGCGAACUUGCCAAGUUCUUGAGAACUCAGGGCCGCUCCUCUAUCUAUUCGUAAUGUGGAUGAAGACCCUUACAUAGACUUUUUAACCUUAUUGUUCGCCCUUUUUUUUUUAGAUUGCGUAUCUGGAACCAAUAUUGAGAGACCUGCCCAUUUUAUAUAACAAAACUGAUGAUGUAGAAAACAAAGUUGGAUAGAAUAGAAUCCGUACGGUUGUAACCAUAAACUGCACAGAAAAACUCCGUUAUUAAGUCAACAUUGAGUGUUCCUCUCAGUAAAAGUUACAAACAUUUUCUUGUCAACUGUUGAUUUAGCACUUUAGUAUAUUAAAAUAAAGCAUUAGUGUGCUCUGACUUCCUUUAUUUGUUUCUGUUUUUCACUUAACAUACACUAAAUAAUAAAUAAUGUGCCCUCCUUGA